AUGCGGAUGUGGCUCAAAUUGUUUGAGAAUUUCCAUCUCUCUGACGAGAUCUGCAAGCUCUUGCUCAUUGAAGUUAUCUACAAAAUGAAACAAAGUUAUUUCUGA